UUCACAUUACUGUAAUUUUUUCUUUUUCGGUGAAAUAAUAAUAAAAUGUUUAGCUCUUUUUAUAUUUACUUAAAACGGUGAAAAUCAUCUAAAAUGAUACUGUAGUUAUCUUCACUAAUGGUUGAAUUUGCUACUGCGCAAGUGAUCAGCGAUACAAAAUGUCUUAUUUAUUACUUUUCUGGGGUUACUAGACCGACUGCGUCAAGAGUUACUUGAUCCUUCUUCCGUUCUUGCGGUGUAUUUUCUUUCCCGUCAUCCUCCUCCAUUUAAAUCUUUUGUGAAAGCCAUCACCCAGAUUCAACAUGUCUUUCCUCUGGAAGCCUUUCAGUGGAGGAAAAAAUGAAGGCAGCGCUCCGGACAGAGCCAAGGGAUUAAAUGAGGUGGAGAAGCUGCUGCAUCGGAUUGAGUCCGUCACCUUGAUUUCCGAUCGCCGCGACGGCUUGCGUUCGUUGCGAAAAGUGGCUGGCGAACAUAGACUGGAAGUUGGAGCGCAUGGAAUGAGCGUUUUGUUAAAUAUUCUGGAUCAGGAUCGCACAGACCAUGAACUUGUUGCUAUCGCCUUGGAUAUCCUCUGUGUAAUCAUGUCUGAUUCGCCUAAUAUCGAAACAGAAUUAUUCGAAAGCACAAAGAAAGUCAAAAAAGGAAACGAAAAGAUUGAAGAUAAGGAUCCAGCACAAAGUCAGGGCGCUCAGUUUACGGAAAUCUUUUUGAAGAAAGCUGAUCAUCUUGUAUUACUGCUGGAUUUUGUUAAGGAAUUCAAUUUCCAGAUACGUUUGCCAGCAGUCCGUCUCCUCUGCGUAAUGGCCAGUAAUUGUCCGAAGACGUUUCAGGAAUGUCUCUUAGGUGUUCCUGGAGGCAUCAGCAGUUUAAUGGAUUUACUCACUGACAACAGAGAAAUUAUCCGGAACGAUGGUGUGUUGCUGCUGUGUUUUAUUACACGGAGUAAUCCUAAUCUGCAGAAAAUUGUGGCAUUCAGCAAGGCCUUCGAGACUAUUCUGGAUAUGGUGCUGCUGGAAGGUUGCAGUGAGGGUGGAGUGGUCGUGGAAGAUUGCAUACUUCUCUUGACUCAUCUGCUGGCUAACAAUGCCAGCAAUAUCAAGUUAUUCAGAGAAGAUGGGUGUAUCCAUAAGCUGUUGAAAUGGUUUACUACGGACAAUUUCAGUUCCGCCUCGUGGUCUGAUCAGCGCCGCAGCAACGCCAUCGGGAUGAUGAGUGUUAUUCGUUGUUUGGUUUCUCCACUACUCAUUCCACAAGUUGUACGAUCUUGUCAGGAUGCCAUCAGUAAAUGCGGACUGUUAAAACAUGUUUGUGAUAUCCUGAUGACUCCCGGUAUCCCAUUGACUGUGCUCGUACAGACUCUUAACACUGUUGCCGAGUUGAUUCGCGGCAAUAAGCACGCGCAGGAAGAUUUCUCUGCAAUGGAAGCUCCGUUAAAUCCGCCUCGACCGGCUCUCGCAAUCCUGCUGUUAUCUAUGUUCAACGACAAACAAACAUUUACGCUGCGUCUUGCCGUUUUAUAUGUUUUGAAAUGCUUCCUGAAUAAGAAUGAAUCCAUGCAGCUAAAUAUAUUACACUCCAUAAAUCCAGAGGGAAACGAGCCGGCACAGUAUACUUUGGGACACCUGUUGGCCGGUGCACUCUUCAGUCCAGAUUCGCUAAACCAGUGGUGUGCAAAUAUUGCCUUUUUGCACUGUAUUGUGGACAAUCGUGAGCACAAAGAAUUUUUACUCCGAAGUGAAUUUGCGCCAUCCCAGACGCUUCCUUUGACGACGAUCAUGGUGCAGUGUGGAAAUAUCUUGCGCGAUAGCUCGCAGCUUCGAAGCAAAGUUGCCGUUCUUCAGUUGCUUUGUAUUUGGUUGUGCGAUUGCCCAUCGGCUGUGGCUGUUUUUCUGCGGAUACCGCAGAUUACCACGAUGCUGUUGAUACAAAUCUUGGAUUCCGCUUUGGAGCCUUCGCAGAAAUUGUACCAAGGGCUUACCGCAUUCCUUUUUGCUAUUUGUAUAAAUUAUGAUGAAGACGUUGAAUCGAGGCGGCAACUUCUUGAUAUUGUGCGCAAUCGUAUUGGGUUUGACCUUUGCAAAGAAAGAGUCGUAGAAAUCUCAAGACACGAAAGCUUUGUCAAAGCAAGUCAACAUCCGGACCCCGCUGUCGAAAGUUUGGACGAUUUGUAUUUGGAUUAUGAAUUCGUCAAGUUUUUUAAAGCAGUUGAAGGAAAAAUUUACGAAUCACUCGAUCCACAUUACGAGGAACGGCUAAACGAGGAUAAAGAGCGCGCUGCCGGACUUCUAAACCAGCAAAAAGAAUUUAUUCAGGCAAAAGAUUCACGAAUUUCAGAGCUCGAAGCCCAGCUGCAUUUUGCACAAGCACGCAUACAUGAACAGAGCAAACAAAUUGAUGAUCUACGUAACCGCAGCGAUGUCCUUACAGCGGAAAUUCACAACAGGGAAAGCGAUAUGGAGGCACUGCAGAAAGAAAUCCGUAACGUGCGAUCACAAGCUCAGACCCACCACUCUGCGACAGCGCAGCUGGAAACUGAGAACCUGCAAUUACGAACCCAGCUGACCGCUCAACAUCAAACCAUCACGGAACUGCAGCGUGCUGUCGAACAGUACCACAAUUUGGGAGCGGAAGUGGAACAAUUGCGCACUGCCAAUGCUCAACAACAGCAGCAAAUAUCAGCGUACUAUUCUUACUUCGAGGCUCAGCAACAGGGUGGAGACGCUUCAGCUAACCUCGUCAUGGAGAACGCCGACCUUACUACGAAAGUGACGCAUCUGGAUUCGCUUCUGUACAGUUGGCAAGCUGAGUGUCAGCGGCUUCAGCUGGAAGUGGCAGAAUUGCGGGCGUCGACGGCUAAGAGGGAUUCUGUAAUGCAGCAGACGAACACUGAUGGGUUUGCGACUGGUCAUCUUGAGGUUAAAGAUAUACCUUCCACAGCUAUACAACAGGAACUUGACCAUUUAAAGACUAAGUAUGCUGACUUGAACGGUGAACACGCUGAUCUGCUUGAACUAUUGACCGAUAGCGACGACAAAAUCCAGAAAUACCGAGACAGAUUAAGGCUGCUUGGAGAAUCAGUCAGCGACGACGAUUCAUAAAACCAAGAAAUCCGAGCUUAUCUGACCACACAUCAAAAUUGACAGUUUUUAGAGAACACUUUUAUUUUUUUUUACGAAAGAUGGUUUAGUCCAAUUACGGAUAACAGUUUUGGUGUUAGAAAUUGGUGCAUGCUGGAUGAACAAGCAGGGCACAAAUAAACUCUGACAGUUUACUUUCGACUGAGAUUAAUAAGACUUGCGUGUGGGGUCCAUUUUAA